AUGGGUCACAAGUCUUUCCUCCUCGCCCUCCUCGCGGCCACCAGCGUCCAGGGCAGCGUCAUCCGCUACCGCCAAGAUGCUCCUACUUCGGCAGUUGAGGAAGUCACCAGCACCGUUGACGCGUCCGCUAGCACCACGGUUGCCAUCAGCUCAACCACUUCUGGCGUAGAUGUCGAGCCAACUGACGUCCCUUCGGAUCCUGAACAGCCAGAGGACCCCGAGGCCCCCGAGGUCCCAGAGGUCCCGGAGGUCCCGGAGGUCCCGGAGGUCCCGGAGGUUCCUGAGCAACCGGAAGACCCUGAAGUGCCCGAAGUCCCGGAGGUCCCGGAAACACCGGAGCAGCCCGAGGUCCCCGGUAUGCCUGGUAUGCCUGGUAUGCCUGGUAUGCCUGGUAUGCCAGAGAUGCCCGGUAUGCCAGAGAUGCCCGGUAUGCCUGGAAUGCCGGGGAUGCCCGAAAUGCCCGGUAUGCCUGGAAUGCCCGGUAUGCCCGGUAUGCCUGGCAUGCCUGGACAGCCCGAACAACCCCAACAGCCUGAGCAGCCCCAACAACCCGAGCAGCCUCAGCAGCCCGAACAACCCCAGCAGCCUGAACAACCCCAGCAGCCUGAGCAGCCCCAACAACCCGAGCAGCCUCAGCAACCCGAGCAGCCUCAGCAACCCGAGCAGCCUCAGCAGCCUGAACAACCUCAGCAGCCCGAGCAACCUCAACAACCCGAGCAACCCCAGCAGCCUGAGCAACCCCAGCAACCCCAGCAACCCGAACAGCCUCAGCAGCCUGAGCAGCCCCAACAACCCGAACAACCUCAGCAGCCUGAACAACCUCAGCAGCCUGAACAACCUCAACAACCUGAGCAGCCCCAGCAGCCCGAGCAGCCUCAACAACCUGAGCAGCCCCAGCAGCCCGAACAGCCUCAGCAGCCCGAACAACCCCAGCAGCCCGGCGCUGGCGGCUCUGCAGAUGUCUACCAACAAUGUGGCGGCUUGAACUGGACAGGAGCAACUCAAUGCUCCGAGGGAACAUGCACCGAGAUCAACGAGUACUACCACCAAUGUAUUCCCAACGGAGCCCCGGGUGGUGACCAGGGUCAGAACCCUCCUCAGCAGCAGCAGUAG